CCCUCAAAGUUAACAUUACACAACUUGCUUUAUUCGCCCUGACGCUGACACCUUUCGCUCCGCUUCACCACCGGGCGGUCCCGUUACUAUCAGCGAACACCCUGACAUUGUGGAACGCUUGGAGACAGCCAAUCAGGUAGACUCCCUGCUACGUUAGCGCAGCUUUGGCACAACAGCAGCUCGUCGCUAUUUGUUUCCUGUUAGCAUUAGCAUUCGUAGCAGAGCCACAGAUAAACAGAACGUGUAAAAUGAUAAAUUAACGAAAGCGUUUAUUUUUUGGUUGACGUUACCCUUGUUUUGGCAAUAGUGUACGCCGAAAGCAAAGCUAUUCUGCGGCUGUCGCGCCGUUAGCUGCCAAGUUGCUAGCUAACAUCGACAAUCCAGCAGAGAAAGAUGGGAUCAAUCCUGAGUCGCAGAAUCGCUGGCGUGGAGGAUAUCGAUAUCCAGGCCAACUCGGCCUAUCGAUUCCCACCCAAAUCUGGAAAUUAUUUUGCAAGCCACUUCUUCAUGGGAGGUGAGAAAUUUGACACACCCCAUCCAGAGGGAUACCUUUUUGGAGAAAACAUGGACCUGAAUUUUCUUGGAAAUAGGCCAGUGCAGUUUCCAUAUGUGACGCCUGCACCUCAUGAGCCUGUGAAAACACUGAGGAGUUUGGUCAACAUUAGAAAGGACUCUUUGCGUUUGGUCAGGUAUAAAGAUGACUCUGACAUGCCAGUAGAGGAAGGUGGAAAACCAAAGGUUCAGUAUGGUGUGGAGUUUACCUUUGAUGCUGAUGCUCGAGUGGCCAUCACCCUCUAUUGCCAGGCAUUUGAAGAAUUCUCCAAUGGAAUGGCAGUAUACAGCCCAAAGGAUCCAUCAAUGGUCUCUGAAACUGUGCAUUACAAACGAGGUGUGAGCCAACAGUUCUCCAUGCCAUCUUUUAAAAUAGAUUUCAGUGAGUGGAAAGACGAAGAUCUGAACUUUGACCUUGACCGAGGAGUGUUUCCCAUGGUUAUCCAGGCUGUGGUUGAUGAAGGGGAUGAUUGUCUCGGACAUGCUCAUGUACUUUUGGCAGCCUUUGAAAGACACGUUGAUGGCAGUUUCUCUGUCAAGCCUCUGAAGCAGAAACAAAUUGUGGACCGCGUGAGCUACCUCUUACAGGAAAUCUAUGGGAUUGAGAACAAAAACAACCAAGAAACAAAGCCAUCUGAUGAUGAGAACAGUGACAACAGCAACGAAUGUGUCGUCUGUCUGUCUGACUUGCGAGACACACUCAUCCUGCCCUGCAGACAUUUGUGUCUCUGCAACUCCUGCGCAGACACUCUUCGUUACCAGGCCAACAACUGUCCGAUCUGCAGGCUGCCUUUUCGAGCCCUACUGCAGAUCAGAGCUGUGAGGAAAAAACCUGGAGCUCUUUCUCCUGUGUCCUUCAGCCCUGUUCUGGCUCAGACUAUGGACCAUGACGAGCACUCAAGCUCGGACUCAGUUCCUCCAGGCUUUGAACCCAUCUCACUAUUGGAGGCUCUAAAUGGCCUGCGGUCUGUAUCUCCCGCUAUCCCAUCUGCCCCUCUGUAUGAUGAAAUCAACUUCUCAGGGGGUCUGGGAGGUGACAGACAGCUCAGCUCUCCAGAGCAUUUAAGCGAUGGGAGUCUGCAGAAAGGCAAAGUCAGCAAGUCACCUGACAGCACCCUCAGGUCUCCAUCCUCUCCCAUCCAGGAGGAAGAUGAGGAGAAGCUGUCUGAGAUGUCUGAUGCUCAGCCACACACGUUGAUGUCCAGCAGCCCUGCCCCCACAGAUGCCACAGCAACGGAAGAUGUGGCAGAGUCUCUGUCUCCAGAUGACGAGGACAGGAUGCAUUCUGGAGCAGACAUGCUGCAGGACUGUAGCAGUGAGCACAGCAGCUUGACUAAAACAGAGAGCGACCCACCAGGUGACCUGUCUCUGCCAGGAUCAUCAGAGUCAACAGAAAGCCUGAAAAGUCAGAGCACAAACUGCUCUAGCCAUCCUCUCCUGUGUCCCACAAGCAGCCUUCACAUGGAAGAUGAGCACUUCAACACCUGACUCAGAUCCAGCCUUUUCGCUCCCAUCCAUCAGAUCCAAUCUAUCCUUUACAAAGAUCAUCCUGUCCCCUCUAUUCCUUUUACACCCCUCAGCCCAGUCCUCUGCUUCUUUGCUCAGAACCAACAGUGGCCCUGGACUGAAGUUCACCAAGACAAGGGAGGACUCUAUUUCUUGGUACCUUAUUCUAUGACUGAUGUUUUAAAAAAAAAAAAAAAAAAAAAAUUUGUUUUAAAAAUUUUUUUUUAAU